AUGAGCGAGGUAGAAGGAAGCAAGCGAAAGACAGCUUACCGCUUCACCACUCAAGUUGACAUUGAUCUCCUCAAGGAGGCCAUGUUCGUAUGCCCACAUGAUGCUCCGUAUGGACAAGCUUCUGCUCGAUGGGAAGAAAUUGCCGAGCACAUGCGACAAUUACAUGGUCCCGACUUGACGACGGCUGGAUGCCGUAAGCGCCUCGAUGAUCUCAUUGCGGCAUUCAAGAAGGAUACUGUCAAAUCAUUGCGAGCGUCAGGCACCGAGGAGGAGUACAACGAGAGGGACCAGCUCCUUCAAGACCUUGCAGAUAUGAUGGAGAACGCUGUCAGGGCCAAGAAAGCGUUGAAGGACGAGAAAAUCAAGAAGCAAGACAAGCGAGAGUCGGACGGCCAUCGAGUCCGCGAGGCAGCUCUCGUAACAUUGAAACGCAAGGCGGAGGCAAACGGUCUUGAUGAAGACCCAGGUCCGUCAAAGGUGAAAGAAGCGAAGGGGCCGUCGGCGCUGAAGGAUGCUGCCUCUGCCGUUGUCGACAUUAUGUCGAUGAUCGAUGCGUCGAACGAAUUCAAGCGAGCCGAGCUUGAAGCCAAGAGGGAGUCAAAUGCGUUGCUGCAGCGGAAAGUAGAGCUUGAAGAACAGCGAUACCUGCUUGACAAGGCCGAAAGGGAAGCAAGAUUUGCUCUUGAACAACAAGAGCGUCAAUCACAACUCCAGUUCAUGCAAAGCACUAUUGACUUGCUUAGUGGUUUGGCGAAGAAGUUGUGUGAGAGUUAA